AUGGAAGUCGAACAUACAGAUGUUGUUGUGACUCCAGUAUUAUCUGAAGAUGGUCCAAGAAAUCUAACAGAACAACCCGAAUCAUACGAAAAUAAAUCUGUAUCAAUUGAUAUGAAAAUAAGUAAUUGGAAUAAAGUCAAAGCUGCUAAUCGUCGUAUUUUACCUAGAAAGUCAAAUGGAGAAGUAAAAUUAAGUAAUAUUAUUGAUGAACUUAAAAAAAUGGCAAUUGAAGAACAAGAAGCUCAGAAAAAUGAACAAACAUUAGGAAAUAAUUCAUUGAAUUCUAUAAAAUUAUUUCGAAAACGUUUAGCAAAUUUUCUUCAAAAAGCAACAUUUCAUUAUAUUAUUAUUUUAUUAGUUAUCACAGAUUUAAUUGUCGUUGUAGUAGAUUUAGUUCUCGCUCAAUUAUCAUCACCCUGUUUAACUGAUGAAGAAAUGGAAUUUUAUAAUACAACUGUACAACGUGAUACAUGUUUACUUGAACAUUCUGUUCAUUUGGCUCGUACUGAUUUAUUUCUUUUCUAUUUUUCUGCUUUAUUACUAACUAUAUUUGUAUUGGAAAUUUUUAUUUCUCUUUAUGCUUUUGGUUGGAAAUAUUGUACGAAUCCAUUGUAUCUACUUGACAGUAUAAUUGUAUUGGCUUCUUUCAUUAUGGAAAUGUAUUUUCAUUAUGGAAAUAUUGCAAGAGCUGGACGAGCUGCUGCAGCCUUCCUUAUUUUACGUUUAUGGAAAAUAAUUCGAGCUAUUCAUGCUGUUGCACAUUCUAUUAGACUUAAAAAUCGUGUAUUGAUUAAUAAAAUUCAAGAAGCUAGAAUAUUAUUAGAAGAAGAAAAACAACAAACAGAACAAACAUUAGAAAAACAAGAAAUUAAAAUUGAAUAUUUCAUAAAGAUAUUGACUAAUUUAGGAAAAUUACCAUCUACAAGUCGAAUCGAUGAUUACGUUAAUAAUAUAUGGACACAAAGAAAACAAAACAAUGUAAAUAUGUUGAAAAAUUAA